AUGUUUUUUUUUUUUAAUUCCAAAUUUCUUUGCUUCUUUUUUAUGAUAUUUGCAUUUAUUUCUUCUUUGCUUCCUUACUGGACUUUCUCCACAGGCUUCAGUGUUCUUUUCUUUGCCUCCCUCCAUUCGAACUUCCGUACUGCAAUUCCCAAACGACAAGAGAGUCAAACUGAUCUGGUUCAUCUAUCUAUCUAUCUAUCUAUCUAUCUAUCUAUCUAUCUAUCUAUCUAUUCCUCUCUCUCUCUCUCUCUCUCUCUCUCUACCUACCUAUUUAUCUAUGCACCCUAUCUAUCUAUCUAUCUAUCUAUCUAUCUAUCUAUCUAUCUAUCUAUGCCCCUCUAUCUAUCUAUCAAUCUAUCUAUCUAUUCCCCCCUCUCUCUCUCUAUGCCUCUCUGUUUCUGCAUCGAUCUAUCUAUCUUUUCCUCUCUCUCUCUAUCUAUCUAUCUAUCUAUCUAUCUAUCUAUGCCUCUCUCUGUCUCUGCAUCUAUCUAUCUGUCCAUCUAUGCUUAUCUAUCUAUCUAUCUAUCUAUCUAUCUAUCUAUCUAUCUAUCUAUAUCUAUUCCUCUCUCUCUCUCUAACAAUCCCCCCUCUAUCUAUCUAUCUAUCAUAUCUAUCUAUCUAUCUAUCUAUCUAUCUAUCUAUGUAUUUGUUAAUUUGUUCCUCGUUUGGAAGCGUCAGUAUAAGAUGGCCCCUCAGUCUGUUUCACACUCCCGACCCAGUCUGCGCCAAUUGUUUUAA